CCCAUUACUGCCUUAUUGCUACCGCGAUUGCUCUGAGUCCCGAGUUGGUCCCGAGUAAAUCUUUCUCUCUCCUUCUCUUUCUUCUUCGUCCUUGAAAGGAUUUCCACCUCUGCCUUGUGUUCGCUUGAGUCGCUGUUUGGAGCCAGCCCUUCGUCGCGCGUCUGGUUUAAAUAGAAUUACCUACCCCGCUGCUCCCCUCCUUCUUCCGUCUGGAAUCAAGCAGCCUUUUUAUUAUUUUUCCUCACAACACACACCGUCCUCAAAUUACCUUUGUCGUUUCACGAGCUUAUCAUGGCCUCCGACGAACAGCCUGCUGGCGGCUCUCUCGCCGACCGCAUUUCCAAGCCCGAAGAACCUCAGCCUGCAGAGUCCACCGAAACCCCCAAAGAAAUCGAUCAGACGGAUGGAGCGCCCGCCGCCUUGGGUGGCUCCGAUCUUCAGGAACCCGACUACACCGUGGAGGUCAAGCUCAGCGAUCUGCAAGCCGACCCCAACAAUCCUCUGUUCUCAGUCAAGAACUUCGAGGACCUUGGCCUCGAUCCUCGUAUCUUGCAAGGAUUGUCGGCUAUGAACUUCCGCAAACCGUCUAAGAUCCAAGAAAGAGCUCUCCCUCUUCUGCUCGGCAACCCCGCAAAGAACCUGGUCGGCCAGUCCCAGUCGGGUACUGGAAAGACUGCCGCAUUCACGCUCAAUGUCCUCAGCCGCAUCGACCUCAGCACGGAGCAACUGCAGAAGACCCCACAGGCCCUGAUUUUGGCCCCUACGCGCGAGUUGGCGCGUCAGAUCGUGGGUGUCAUCCAGGUCAUGGGUCAAUUCCUCCCGAACCUCCUCAUCGGUACUGCUGUGCCUGCGGAUAGCAAUGCGCGCCCGACCAAAUUGGAGUGCUCCGUUGUUGUGGGUACGCCAGGAACGGUUACCGAUAUGAUCAAGAGACGCACCAUCACGGCCAACAAGCUCAAGGUGCUGGUUCUGGACGAGGCAGAUAACAUGCUUGACCAGCAGGGUCUUGGCGAUCAGUGCAUCCGUGUCAAGGCUUUGUUGCCCAGGGAUAUUCAGGUUGUGCUCUUUUCGGCCACUUUCCCUACGCACGUCCACGAAUACGCUUCCAAGUUCGCCCCGAAUGCGAACGAGAUUACCCUUCAGCAUGAGGAAUUGACCGUCGAGGGUAUCAAGCAAUUGUAUCUUGACUGCGCCAACGAGGAAGAGAAGUACCAGACCCUUGUUCAGCUUUAUGGUCUUCUCACCGUUGGCUCUUCCAUCAUUUUCGUCAAGACCCGUGCCUCUGCUGUCGAAAUCGAAAGGCGCAUGGUGGCCGAGGGUCACACCGUUGCCUCCCUGACCGGUGGUAUCGAAGGCUCGCAGCGUGAUGCCGUGAUUGACCAGUUCCGUGCGGGACAAGCCAAGGUUCUGAUCACCACCAACGUCCUCGCCAGAGGUAUUGAUGUUUCGACCGUUUCCAUGGUCAUCAACUACGACAUCCCUGAAAUCCACCAAACCAACCCUCGCGCUCCGCGCCAAGCGGACUUCCAGACCUACCUUCACCGUAUCGGUCGUACCGGUCGGUUCGGUCGUGUGGGUGUCUCGAUCUCGUUCAUCUCCAACCGCGACGAAUGGGAGAUGCUCAACCAGAUCCAGAAGUACUUCAACACCAGCAUCCAGCGGAUUGACACCAAGGAUUGGGACGAGGUGGAGGAUAUCAUCAAGAAGACGCUCAAGAACACCCGUGCCCAGGCCGGCUUCCGGUGAUUGUACUGCCUCUGCCCUUGCUGUUUGAUAGUCACCGUUCGAUUGCCGCGGAUUACUAGUCGGUUGGAGCAAAUUGUUGGUUUAACGCCUGGGCUGUACUGCUGUAUGGGCUGCGGAUGAGUUUUAUGAAUCUUUCCAUGAUGGCUGAAAAAUUGCACACCACACAUAUUAAUAGAUACCAGUUCAUAUUUGAGUUGCUGAAAACCAACAACCCCAGAAUAGAUAUGCAGAGCUU